AGAAGCCACAGCUCCGGCUAAAAGUCACAGCCGCCCGCUGAUCCAACCGGCAUAAGGGGGCAUCGCUCUCUCCACGGCACCCCCGAACCUCACCCCUCCUCCCUCCCGGCCAUGUACACCAUCACCAGAGGGCCCAGCAAGUUAACCACCCAGAGGAGAACAGGUCCAAAGCAGCAGAUAGACACUAAGCUGCAGGAGCUAAAAAGCAAACAGCAGCUCCUGAUCCCCAAUACCAGCAGCUCCUGGGAAGCACUUCCAAGUAAUCCAGUUCCAAAAUUGGUAUUCAACCGGGUGAAUGGUAAACGAACGCAGACUCCGGCCACAACCCCGGAGGAAGAGGUGUAUACGCCGGCACACGAGGAGAACGUCCGCUUCGUCUAUCAGGCAUGGCAGGACGUGCAGCAGAAACUGGAAGGGCAGAACGGAGGAGCCACCCAGCUGUACCAAGAUCAGAGUCCGGACUCUUCCUUUAAGAACUUCGUCCCUAUCGAUCUCGAGGAGUGGUGGGCUGAGCGAUUCCUGGCCAACAUCGAGAACUGUGCGUAAGGAUAGGAGACCCCCGAUUUUUGUGUUGUCAUCUGACGCAGGAUGUACAAAAUGACAGCCCCCACUGGAUGCCAUUCCCUGCCCCUCACUGGCGACAGACUCAAGCGUGGCUUCCCUCCAACGGGAACCCAAGGGGCUUUCAAAGCGCCUGAGAAAUGAAGACAGUAUAAUGACCUUUUUAGUCCUUUUUCUGGUGCUGAAGAUCUUUUUUUGUUGUUGUUCUUGGUCUGUCUUGAUGCAGAUGAGGACUCGAAACCCAUUCUUUGCUGGGUCAGAUACCUUUAUGAAGGCAGAAUGAGAUGGUACUGGAGACCAUCGUAAAACGUGUUCACCCUUGGAGGAGGGGAACGCCGGUUCCUGGCACGGUCUGUGAUUUGUUUUUGCCUUCACCCAGCUCUCUGUAUGACAAACUGUGAAUGCUCCGUCCUGCCGGCCCUUCAGAGCGCACUACCGACCCGGUCGAUGCCUGUAGGACAGCCCCGACUUCCAUCAAGUUAUUGGCAUUUAAAACCGUUAUCUAAUGCAAUAUCCAAGACAAGUCUCCCUCUUGCUCCUUUUUUUUUUUAUACAGGAGGGGUCUGUACAGAGUGGGAAAUGUCUAUUUUUCUAAAUAAAGGUGGGUUUUUCCUCGG